CUUUGACAUUCACUUAGCCCCACCAUCGAGGGUCGUUUUGGAGAGAGUGGAGAGAGUUCGAGGAGCUUGCUUGAUAGUGCUGACUUUUAGAUCAUGUCUUUGUGUUCACUUUCUGGUAUUUUUCGUGUUCUCAAACAGUCAGCUGUACAACCAGCUUUGAUCAGCAUGACGAGGAAAAUGUCAACCCUAGAAAAUUACAAGUACAAUACAUUGUUGGUUACAAAACCUUCUGAUUUUGUUUACCAAGUUGAACUUAACAGACCAGAGAAAAGAAAUGCAAUGAACAGAAUAUUUUGGAAAGAAUUUAGAGAAUGCUUUGGAGUUUUAGCUACAGAUCCAGAAUGCAGAGUUGUUAUCCUCUCUGGUGCGGGAAAAGCUUUUACUUCAGGUCUGGAUUUAAUGGACCAUGCAGAACUUUUAUCAAGAGAUGAUGAUGUCGAUGUAGGGCGUACAGCUUUUACCGUCAGAAAUUCAGUUAUGGAGAUGCAGAAAACUUUUUUAAAUAUAGAAAAUUGUCCCAAGCCAGUGAUUGCUGCAGUACAUGGGGCUUGCGUUGGGGCUGGUAUUGAUAUGAUAUCAGCAUGUGACAUGAGAUAUUGCACUUCUGAUGCCUGGUUUCAGAUUAAGGAAGUUGAUAUAGGCUUAGCCGCAGAUGUUGGUACUUUACAGUGGAUGCCUAAGAUUGUAGGAAGCCAUAGCUGGGUUAGGGAGCUUGCGUUAACUGCACGCCAGUUCUUUCCUGAAGAGGCCAAAGAAUUUGGAUUUGUAAGUCGAAUAUUUGCUGAAAAGGAAGAGAUGUUGAAGGAGGCUCUGACGGUUGCGGAAACUGUAGCGUCAAAGAGCCCCGUGGCUGUACAAGGGACAAAGAUCAACAUGAACUACUCAAGAGAUAGAACAGUCAAAGAAGGACUUGAUAGCAUGGCUUCAUGGAGUUCAGCAAUGUUGCAGUCAGAGGAUGUCCAGAAAUCAGCAAUAGCAGCACUACAGAAGGAAAAAGCAGUGUUUUCAAAACUUUAGGAUUUCUUGUCUUUAAAUGUUAUAUGCAGGUGAAGAGAACAUGUGGUGAUUGAGGAUAAAUUAUAGGUAAAAACAUGGACCUCCAUGGGAACAGAUUUAAUUUGAUGUUAAACCGCAUUAAUUAUAAUUAUUUUUUUAAAUAGAACAAGUGUUAAUAUAUUAUUGGUGGUUUUGGACUACAGUACUGACAAUUAAAGAACUCUAUAACUUGUUAAAAAAGAAUGUAAUUUAAUAGUGUUUAUUGAAUUUGUCCUACAAAUAUAACUUAAUUUUGUACACCAGGUAUGUGUACAAAUAAUGCUAUCGAAUAUCAACCUUAAUUUGGUUGGGGGGUGCGGCACUUUAGUAAUAUUUCGGUACACAUUAUGCAUUUAAAUGCCUAAAUAAGUACAAUCCAAAAAGAUACAAAUUUGUUUUAGUAGUGUAAUCGGUCAGUUAAGUUUCAUUGACAAGGAAAGGUCCAUUGUUCACAAGUGCCCUCCCGGGAAUAAUACUAACAAUGUGAUAGAAAUUUUAAGAACUGGAUGUGUAAAAGUCUUCAAAUAGUGUCUAUUUUUAAUUCUAUUCAAUGUUGCAAUAAAAUACAAACAUGUGAUGGCAAAACA